CCUCUUCCUUCCCCCCAGCGGGCGUGCAGUCUCAGCCGGUUCAGACUGGCCAAGGUGCCCUGCAGAGGAGAUAGGCCAGUGGGACCACCCCGGGAGUGACUUCCCGGGGUGGGCGGUGGGGGUGGAGAAGGUGGAGCCGGCCGGCCGGGCUGCACUCCAUGUGUCCCGGGGGCAGAGGGCGGCGACCGUAUAUUGCGCGCAGCGGGACCGGUCGCCCAGCGCAGGGCCCGGAUCAGCAGCCGCGGCCGGAGCUGCGCCCGCGGCCCCAGAGGAGCCCGGGACUCAGAACCUUCCGAGAGCCACCGCAUUGAUUUCAUCUCACAAUGGAAUUUCAGAAGUCCCCUGACGGAGGGUGGGGCUGGGUGAUUGUGGUUGUCUCCUUCUUCACCCAGUUCCUCUGUUACGGAUCCCCGUUAGCUGUUGGGGUCUUGUACGUAGAAUGGCUGGAUGCCUUCGGGGAAGGAAAAGGAAAAACAGCCUGGGUGGGAUCCCUGGCCAGCGGAGUCGGCUUGCUUGCAAGUCCUGUGUGCAGUCUCUUCGUCUCAUCUUUUGGAGCGAGACCCGUCACAAUCUUCAGUGGCUUCUUGGUGGCUGGCGGCCUGAUGCUGAGCAGUCUUGCCCCCAAUAUCUACUUUCUGUUUUUCUCUUAUGGCAUUGUUGUAGGUCUCGGAUGUGGCUUGCUGUACACAGCGACGGUGACCAUCACGUGCCAGUAUUUUGACAGCCGCCGGGGCCUUGCCCUUGGCCUGAUUUCAACAGGUUCGAGUGUGGGCCUGUUCAUCUACGCAGCUCUGCAGAGGAUGCUGGUUGAGUUCUAUGGCCUGGAUGGGUGCCUGCUCAUCGUGGGCGCUUUAGCCUUAAACAUCCUAGUCUGUGGCAGCCUGAUGAGGCCCUUGCAGACCUCCGACUGCCCUUUUCCUGAAAAGACAGCUCCGGAGAAUGUUCCAGAUCGAUACUCCAUGUACAACGAGAAAGAGAAGAAUCAGGAAGAAACUAUGAACUUCCAAGACAAGGGCUACGGGAGCGAAGAUAAAUGCUUGCCCAAUGGUGACUGGGGACGGGAGACUUCCCUUCCUAAAAGCCUCACCGUCGUUGCACACACCAAGGAGCCCGAACCGUACAAAAAGAAGGUCGUGGAACAGACUAAUUUUUGCAAGCAGCUUGCCAAGAGGAAAUGGCAGCUAUAUAGGAACUACUGCGGAGAGACCGCGUCUCUUUUUAAAAACAAAGUCUUCUCAGCGCUGUUCAUCGCCAUCUUGCUUUUUGACAUCGGAGGUUUUCCACCGUCGCUGCUCAUGGAGGACGUUGCGAGAAGUUACCAUGUGAGGGAAGACGAUCUUACCAUGCCUCUCAUCUCCAUUUUCGGCAUCAUGACAGCCGUGGGCAAGCUUCUUUUGGGCAUCCUGGCUGACUUCAAGUGGAUCAACACCUUGUAUCUCUACGUAGCUACCCUCAUCAUCACCGGCCUGGCCUUGUGCGCAAUCCCCCUUGCCAAGAGUUAUGUCACGCUGGCGAUACUUUCUGGGAUCUUAGGUUUUCUUACCGGUAAUUGGUCCAUCUUCCCAUAUGUGACCACGAAAACUGUGGGGAUUGACAAAUUAGCCCACGCCUAUGGAAUACUCAUGUUCUUUGCUGGACUUGGGAACAGCCUCGGCCCCCCCAUAGUUGGUUGGUUCUAUGACUGGACCCAGACCUAUGACAUUGCCUUUUAUUUCAGUGGCUUCUGUGUCCUGCUGGGGGGCUUCAUCCUGCUGGUCGCCAUCUUGCCCUGUUGGAAUAUGUGCAACAAAAGACUCCCUAAGCCAGCGGCGCCAACGACCUUUUUCUACAAAGUUGCCUCUAAUGUUUAGAGGGACAUUAAAAAGCCUUAUUUCCUCUAUUUUUCUACUUUAUACCGUACAGAAAUCGUGUGUGUGUGUGUGUGUGUGUGUGUGUGUGUGUGAAUAUCUGUAUGUAACCAAUUGUUAGGCAGGUUCUCUAGAGUCAAGAUCUUACAGCAAAACGUCUCUGGCUGACUCUGAAGGAGAACGCACACCUUGUUUUUGUGUGCCAUGUAUAACCUCAGAUCCCUUGUCUUCCCCUCCCCCACCGCUAGGGAGUGGGACUGUUCUGUUUCACGGUUGUUCCUUGUUCCUGAGUUCAGGAUGUAAAACCAUUGAAUAGCCUCGCACAGUUUCCUCUGGAUGAAGUUUAAAGCCUCUGCUUUCUCCGUGAGGUCUCCAAGGUGCUCAGUGGGUCCUGUCUUAAACGGUGCACUGCUCGUGAUGGGAUUUGUGUGCAGGAGUAAUGGCUGUCUCCUCCAUGGCAGCCCUGCAAGUUCAGAGAAGAGACUGAGCCGUUUCAUUUCCGGAAACAAAAGUGAUUGCAACAUCACUGAGCCGUUGAAGACCUUAGACCACAUAGUUUAAAUUGCAGCUGUCUGACGUCCGUCCGUUUUCUCUUUUGUUGUGCUCGAUGAACUACUGGGAGGCAAUUUGGUGUCCACUGCCUACGAACUUGCUCGAUUCGCCCAGCAGCCUCCCUGCAUGGCUGGCUCCUAGGACCUCGCUCCCUGGUCUUGAUCGGCAUCCACUCUACUGAUGUCUUCUGAAAGAGUGGCAGGCUUGCCGGUUUCGGGCUUGGAGAGCCACACCUUUGAACCAUUCCAUCUGGCCAAUGGGAAGCGCCCGUUUGCUUUGAGCGCUGUGAGAACUGGUUGCAAGGCCUUGCAUGUCUUCCAAAUGAAGCCAGUGGUGGUUUCUCUUGGACUUUGCCACUACUGUGUUUCGAUUCGCUAAAAAAAUGAUGCUCUCGGUCCAUAAGAUGUGGGAAAGGACAGGGCAAAGAGAAAUUGCUACUAUCACCCAAUCGCAUUUAAUCCAAGAACAGUGUUUGAGGGUGAAAAUAAUGUUUAAUAAAUGGGCUUUUUUUCCCCCCUCUGUAUAGAAA